AGUUAGUUCGUGGAUGUAUGUUAGCGGUUGAGGUACGGUGCUGUACAGUGGAUGUACAGAAAUCCAUGAGAGCGUGUCACGUGCAAGUAGGGGUGCAGGUAAGGAAAUUGUCCAUGAACCAAUGCAAGUGCAAUUCACCGGAGACAGUCCGUCGAUAUUUCAGCAAUUAGAACAGCCCAUGGGCGAUAUCGUGAUAAGCGAUAACAGCAUUGUCGGCGGAAUCCUUGAUGUGGCGAUGAAACAAGGGGGCACAAAACAACUAGUUCAGGAACCGAACAUCGCCGUGAGCAACAGUAACAGUGAUAGUGCUGUAGGAGAUGUAUCGAAUGUGUCCGUAGAUAAUCGAAAUUUGGACGUCGGCUCCGAUUCCAAACGUUACGAACCUAAAAUGCCACCAGCACUAACUAUACCGCCGGUUUUGAACAUUGAUUCACAAAAUUACAUGCUCCAUGUUUCAAAUUCGUCCGAGACGAGACCUCGGUCCUUCAGCUUCACAAAUGGAGCUACAAAGACAAAUACUAUCAGCAACAGUCGACAAUUAAUGGAACGUCAUUAUCAUGCCAACAAGAGUCCAAUGGAUUUGGAUAUGUUCUGUGUCAGGGAGACUGUGAAUUCCAUAGCCGCUGCUGUGUUGGCUUGUGCACCUAACGUUCAGCAGCCAAGCACAUCUCCGUCCCUGGCACCGAAUAUUGGGUUCGAUACUCAGGGGUGUGCCAGACCACUUUCUUUCCAUAACCUGAUGUGCUCGUGUAACGUAACCUGCUGCUGUAUGUGUGCCACACUGUGUUCACCAGAUUGUCAUGCCUGCUUCCACUCGCUGCGUGAUAAACACACCUUCCAGAAAAGCGAUGUUGUGCCUCAGUUAGCCGGUAACAAGAAGAAGGUUAAUGGUCACUCCAGCUCUAGCAGUGCUAAUAUACAAAGCGUUGUUGGUGAAGCACUGAAGAAGACCUCGAUUCCUGAGUGGACAACAUCUAAUGUUGCAGAGUGGAUGACAUCAGUGAACCUCCAUCGCUAUGUAGAUACUUUUAAAUCGCAGGGGAUAAAGGGCUCAGACUUGUUAGAACUGAGUACUGACAAACUGGAGAAAAUGGGAAUUACUGAAGAAUUCUAUCAGAAAACUAUUAUGGUUUGCUUAGAUGAGUUGGUCCAUUCAGCUCAGUUGACUGUCAAAGAUAUAAGUGAUGUCAACACUGUUCGUGAACUCACCUUUGCCAUAUUGAAGCGAUGUGACAAGUGUAACAAGUAUCAGAGGGAAAUACUACAACAGCAGUUUCUUUGUCAGGAAUGUGGGCAGGGAGCGCAUAUGAGUUCAGCAUUGAGACAUCAGGGUUCCUUCUUUAGUGUGGAUCAACCUCCAUACCAUCAACUGAAGACAGUUUUUGGCAUUGGUCUUUGUUACCUGUUUUACUCGUGUGAUGAUCGAGCGCCACAGCUUCUGUUAAGAUGCGUUCGUGAGCUUGAAUCAAGAGCUCGUAGUGACCUCACACUUGACUUGUAUCAGCUGUACCAGGCAUCUCCCCCAGUUGACCAGUACGAAGAUGUGAGAAGGAAAUUACAAGCAGAUGUGAUGAGUGUGGAUUUGUCCGGGUAUGAUUUUUCUACUAUUUCAAGUGUUCUAAGGAAGUUUCUGCUGGAGCUUCCGGAUACCGUCAUUCCCGUCCAGUGGUACCACAAGUUCAUUGAUGUAUCUGGCAUCACCAAUGAUGAACAGUGUGCCUCAUGCGUAAGCCGUCUAGUACAAGAACUACCAGAACGUCAUAAGUCUACCCUACGCUUCCUGAUGGUCCACUUCUGUCAGAUUUGCCAGUUGCAGUACACUCGUGGAAUGACAGAGCUACCCACUCGCAUAAUUGAUUUUCUGUGUUAUGCCAUACUUAGACCACCAUGGAAUAAAGCAAUUGAUAUGGUGUAUAAUACUAAAGCUCAUCUUCGGAUUGUUGAAAUGUUGCUGCUUCAUGCGGACUGGGGUGUGGAAAGGCCACUGUUUGCAGCUAGAACAACAAACCUUAGGAAUUUUGAGAUGGAAAUUGAUGUUGGUGAGUGUCCGUCAUCUUUACAGGAUGCUGAGUGGUACUGGGGGAACAUAAGCAGAGAGGACGUCAAUGAAAAGUUUAUGGAUACACCAGAUGGAACUUUCUUGGUGCGAAAUUCAUCAAGUAAGAGUGGAGAAUAUACUUUGACUCUGCGAAAAGGGGGUUCUAACAAAUUGAUCAAGAUCCUUCAGAGAAAUGGGAAAUAUGGCUUCUCAGAGCCAUUUAAAUUUGAUACAGUCACAGAGCUAAUCCAUCAUUUUCGCACCACAUCCUUGGCACAAUACAACUCUGUGCUGGACAUCAAAUUGCUUUACCCAGUGUCAAGAAAAGAAAAGGGACAUGAGACUGCCGCUUUAGGUGAUACUGUGUCAGUUGCCAAGAUGCUCAUGAAUGUCCACAAGGAAUACACAGCUAAAGUAAACAUAUUUGAAGGUUAUGCAGAAGAUUUUUCCUGCACAAGUCGGGAUGUGUGUUUAAAACGAUAUGCUUUGGAGGCCUUCCAGGUCGCUAUGAAAAUCUUUGAGAACCAAAUUGUGUUACUGGAAAAUUUUCAGAAGCAUACACAAGCCAGUGAAAUACAGAAUACACAUGACAACAUUAACCUACUGAAGCAUCACCUGAAGAGUGUGCAGGAUGGCCAGAGACAGGUGGAAGAUAAGCUGAAGCAACAGUUUGCAUAUUGCCACACUUUGGAACGAGAGAUGCUCACCUUAAAUGCAGACAUAAUCCAUCUCUUCAGGCUUAAAGAGAAAUAUCAGCGGUGCUUAAAGCAGCGUGGAAUAAGGCAGCAAUGUAUAACACAGUUUUUGAUGGCUGAAGAAUGUUCUGAAAUGACCUUGGAAGACCUCCAGUCAGAUGUGAAGGUAGAAGAUAUGCCACAUCAGCAUGAGGGAACUUGGCUUCUGAAGAACUGUACUCGUAAGAAUGCAGAACACUUGCUGAGUGGGCAGCCCGAUGGCACUUUUCUUGUCCGUCCAAGCCGAACUGGGCAGUAUGCGUUGUCCAUUGUUUGUAACGGUGUUGUGAACCACUGCAUAAUUUUUGAGACGGUGCACGGUUUUGGAUUUGUUGAGUCUUACAUCAUAUUUGAGUCACUCAAGUCUUUGGUGGUUCAUUAUGCUCAGAAUUCACUGGAAGAGUAUAAUGACUUGCUUAGCACAACUCUUGCAUAUCCAGUGUAUGGGACAUCACAAAACCAACCUCUGUUGCUGUCAAAGGAGAAGGUGAGAGGAAAAGCAAAGUAUGAGAAAAAUAAACAGAAGCAAAAUGAUAAACAGGAGAGAGUACAAGACCUAGUAACACAGCAGGAGGAGAGUCACCAGGAUUCAGAUCGGGAGUCAUGGCAACAAGAAAAUCAAACACAAGUGAGUGGUGGGGGAGGUUAUGUAUUGGCCCACCCACGAUGAUGAUGUUCCUCUUCUUUCCUCAAUGUUGGACUGUUCACUGUGAUAGAGAUUGUUAAUAGAAAUACCUGUUGUACAAAUAAAAUUAGUUCCACCGAUUUCUAACUUCGCGAUCUGAAGAGAAAAGUGAAAUGUUGAAAGUAACGUAAACCAGCGUUGAUUGUUAGUUAAAUUAAACUAAGUAGAAAAAUGCCAGUCAAAAAACCUAAAGUGGGAACACAUUUUUAUUUGACCAAACAUUGUUCUUGUUUUAAUUAACCUCUUAGAAUGUCACUUCUUUAAUAUAAAUUUUAUGAAUUUUGGUCAUUGCUAUGUACAUUUUCGACAUUAUGGCAGAUGUAAGGUAACAAAGAUUAAUGGCAGAGUAGUGACAUUAUUGUAAAGAUAAUAACCAUCAUUAAAAUCUUUGGAAAAUAAUGCGGUAUUGUCAUACAGUUGCCUCAGUGGUAUGUAGAUAAAGUAUGUUAAUUUCCAUGUGGUUUAAAAUGAGAAUAUAAAAUGAUCAAUGGAAGGAACCAUGAGAGGUCUGGAUUUACUUUUAUGUGUGUAUAUUAAAUUUUUGUACAUAUUGUACUUUUCCUUUGUUUGAAAGAUUAGCUCUGGCAGUAAAUCUCUAGAUUUUUUAAAGAAAUAUACAAUUCCUGGAACAUAAACGUUUUGAUCUCUUUAAUUUUGUUCAUAUUUGUUAUAUGUGUUUGUGUGUGUGUGUUUAAUUUGAAUGUUAUGUGCUGCAGAAUGCUAGCAAGUACAGUUGCACAGUUACAUUACAAAAUGAAAUAUAUAUAUAUACCCAUAAAAUUAAAUGGAAUGUAAUGGAAGAGUGUAGUGAGCAUUUACCAUAUAUUUAGCUGAAUAAAUGGGCAGUAUAUAUGUGUAUACUGGCUGAAUGCUAA